AGGGAGGAGUCUUUACAGCGCGUUCAGUGCAGUGUCAUCUGUGUAUAUCUAUCAUCUGUGUAUAUCUGUCAUCUGUGUAUAUCUGUCAUCUGUAUAUCUGUCAUCUGUGUAUAUCUGUCACCUGUGUAUAUCUAUCAUCUGUGUAUAUCAUCUGUGUAUGUCUAUCAUCUAUCUCCCACCUGCUCCCUGGGUCCAGGAGGAGGGAAGGGUUGGUUUCUUACCUUUGGCCUGUCUGCCUCCACCCCAGCUAUAAUGUGGCUUAUCUAAACGCCUGAGAGGUGGGGCACUUAGCUUUCCAGUUUUUUUUGUUUUUUUUGUUAUUUUUUCAAUUCCCUUUUUAUAAUUUCCUGAGACACAGUGGCCAGGAACUGUGCAGAGAUCUUACACAGAGGGGACUCUCAACCUCCAUUUUUGGUGAGUCGCUGAGGACAAAAAAAGAGGGUGGCCCCUGAGAUGGACUGUGGGCCCUGGGCACAGCCUUUCCAUAUACCCAGAUGAAUUCCUAGGUGGGGAGUGAGUGGAGAGUUGGCCACCACGAUGGGGGCAGGGGCAGAGAAGGGAGCAUGGGUGAGUAGGUGCCUGGGCUAGCCAGAAGGGACUUAGGGGAAGGCGGCCAGGAAGACUGAGGGGUGAUCUGGCCUCAGGAGGGUGACAGAGGAGCCUGAAGAAAGGGAAGGAGAUGCGGAAUGAUUGAUGGAAGGGGAAAGAGUAAGAAGGAUUUGGAGGAAAGAGAGCCCGAAGGGUCCAACGUGGUGGGGACACAAGAGCUGCUGCUGAACAGAAAUGGGGGAGGAGCAGCUGUGUCAGGCUGGCCCCGUGGUGGGCCCGUGGAGCGUCCUGCAGGGCAGGCAAGAUGGAGACAACAGUAGACCAGGAGAGGGUGAAGGGGAGAGUGGGUGGAGGGAGAUGCCCCAGGCGGGGUUUUGGGAUUCAUUUUAUUUUACCAAGUAUAAGGGGACCCUUCAGAAGUUGACCAGAAACUGAGGAGACAGGACUUGGGGGUGGGGGGCUGUCCAGAGCACCUAGCUCCCAGCCACUCUUGAGUACAAAGGUAGAGUACUACCUUUUCUCUUUUGUUUCCUUCUGAGGCCAGUUUAUGACCAUCUCACUGGGAAACGGUUGGUAGGGGCAACCAUCCAACUGCCUUGCAGAACAGGAAAGUGGGGGUGGCCCAGGGGUCAGAGCGAAGCCAGUCAUCUGUUGGGGUUGGUAAUGUGACGUCCGGCAGUCAUGCCCCUCAUCUCUUCCUGGGUCCUCUUCAUCAGCACUGGUGAGGGUCUGGCUGGGGAUGGUGAGCCUACCUUCCCACCCAUCAGGCCCCUCUGAGCAAGGGGCAACUCUGCUGUGGGAGAUGCAGAAAACAGAUCUCGCUUUCCUUCUGGGCAAUCACCACUCCAGCUUUCCUCCAGAAAGCUUCCACAAGGGGCAGAGGAGAAUCCAGCAUUUGUGAUGGCCAUCCCACCUUAGUGUGUAGUGACCACCACACCUUCUGGAAACAGGGAAGGCAAACCGUUCUGGUUGGCCUAGAACUUUUGGAUCUUUCUUGACCCCAAGCUGCCAAAGGUAGAAGCUUUAAAAACCUGAACUAAUAUUUCCCUCCCCCAAACUGCUAUGGGCUUCCUUUUCCCAGUUGGUCCAGGCACCAUGCUCGCGGUAUUUGAGAAAAUCGCAAGAGCUGUGGUCCAACACAUGGACGCUGGUGGGGAUAUGAUCGCUGUCAGAAGCCUCAUUGAUGCUGACAGAUUCCACUGCUUCUAUCCGGUGAAGGAGAGGAGACGUUUCUUUGGAUACCAAUAUGAUAAGAGAGACCUCACCCUGUAGGACAUCCUGGAGAUGGACAAGGGUGAAGGGCUGUUUGAUAAGCUGGUUCCUGGACUCCAAGGUCAAGAGGUUAAGUCCCAAGUUAUGGACAGCGUAGACUCAAAGGGAAGUUUGACAGUGAAAUUACCCAAAGAAAAAACACUUGACAUGGGAAUAACAUUCUCCAGGUCCCCAGAGCAGGGCAUCGAGUUAUCAAAGACCUGGAUACUCCAGAAAUUCCUGGAUUCCCUUAAGAACAAAAAGCUGAAGAGGAAACUGACCCCUAUGUUCCAAUCAAUCCAGGCAAUGAGAGAAGACCUUUAUCUAGUGACGGAAACUCUGAAGACGACAAAGACUGUAAUCCUGAAAAGUGAAAAGCAAUAUAUUUUUUGGGACCCGAUGAAAUGUUUUGGCCUCCGAUAUGAACACAAGGUUAGGAUCCUGGGAGGUGGGGACUGUGGGAGAGCCAGCUCGGCUCACCCACUGCAGGUCAGGGGCUGCCAGCCCAGCCGCCGCACUCUUCAGCUCUUCCUUUAGACCUCUCUGAGCAGUCUUGCCUGCUCCUUGGCCUUCUUACGACUUCUCUUCUUGCCCCAAGAAAGUCUGUGUGGCAUCACUCAGCCUCUCCCCUGUUACUCUCUAGUGGUGCUCUGUCUUCAUUUGCUUCAUAGCGCUUCCCACGGUUCAUAGUUACUCGGGUGUUUUUUGCUUGUUCAUUGUCUUCCUCCCUUUCCAGGAGGCAGGAGGGCAGGAGCCACGAUGCCUGGAACAAAACGGGCAUGUUUUGUCCUCUAUAAUUUUUUUUUUUUUGGCCACGCCACGCGGCUUGCAGGAUCUUAGUUCUCUGACCAGGGAUCGAACCCGGGCCCCUGGCAGUGAAAGCGCCAGGUCCUAACCACUGGAUGGCCAGGGAAUUCCCCAUAAAUAUUUGUUGAAUGAAGUGGAAACAACAUGAGUUUUGGGGUCAGAUGCGGGUUCAAAUUUCAGCUCUACUGCUGUGAAACGGGCUCAUCUGCUGACCUCUCAGAGCCUCGGUUCUCUCAUCUGUAAAAUGAGGAUAAAAAUGUCUACCUCCCAGGAUUGUUUGGGAGAUCAGGCAAGAUAACUAUGUCAAGCACUUAGGGAUCAAUCAACCUGAGCUCCUUUUUCCUAGCACCAAACGGAAGUGAGCAUCACCCCUCAGAAGGUCCUGGGCUAUCGAGUAAAGCAGCUAGUCUUCCCCAACGCAGAGAGUAUGGGUAAGCAAGGCCUGGUGAG